AUGCACCAUCGACCGACGCGCGGUGGCACGGGCUGGGACUGCAAGGCCGAGAACGCCAAGGCCGCGGGUCUCUACUACGAGAUCGCCAACGUCGGCAAGAUGGUCGAAGCCUCCAAGAAGCGCAUUACGUGGCGCAUCAAGAUGGAAGAAGGCAAGGAGUACGAGAUCUCGCUCACGCACUCGAUCGCGUCCGGGAAGAAGAACCUCCGCAUCGAUGGCAUCGUCAUGUACCAGACGAGCACGUUUAGCCUCGGCGACUGGGACUAUGUCUUCAACCUCGGCAACCACGUCUUGCACUGCAUCAUCAAGCCGUCCGUCGAGCUCAACGACAGCUAUGACUUGAUUGUCGACGGCGUGUCCUUUCGCCGCCUGCCCGAGCAGCUCAAGACCAAGAACGACAAGGACGUCAAGCGCGGGUCGACGACCGCCAAGCCAUUGCAGCCGCGCCCCAAGAGCCGCGAGUCGAGUGCCAGCGACCUCUCGCGCACAGGGUCGGGCAACGCAUGGGAGUGCACGACGUGCACGCUCGUCAACGAGAAGGGACUUGCGCCCAUCUGCGAAGCCUGCGGCAGCCCUCGCCCCCGCCAAACCCUGGCCAAGACACCGUCGUUCGAAUACUCCAAGCAAAGCAGCGCCAAGGACCUUCGCGAGCCGGCGCCACGCACCUCGGAAUUUCGCCCGUUUGACGCACCACCGGCCAAAGCCACGCCCGAUGGAUUCGGUGUCGACAUGACCAAGAACGAUCCGUUCGCGGUGGCGAACGCGGGCUUUAACCAGCAGCAGCAACAGCAGCGCACGGGCAGCUCUGAGCAAAUUGCGUCUAUGCUGCAAGGCUUAGACUUUUCGUACACGCCGCCGCCACCACCGCCACCGACACCGGUGCAACCGCCGAUGAGCGACGCGCCGCCGGUGACGCCGAGUGACCCGCUGUGGGGCGCCAACAUUGUGAGCCUCGACUUGGUCGAGAAACCAAAACUCAAGACGACCGUGAGCAUGCAGACACUCGAGCAGGCGCGGUUGGCCAAGCCCAAGGAGGCGCCGCAGCCCGUGAUGCCGCCACCUAUGCAAGCGCCGCCGACGUAUACCCAAGCACCCAUGUACCCUCCGGCGUCCAUGGGCUAUGGAAAUCCGCCUGGCGCGUACCCGGGACAGCACAUUGUGGCGGCGCAACCAUACGGUGGCAUGUACACCAACACCAACGGACCCAUGGGCGUUCAGCGGCAGCCCACGGCGCAUACCUUCAUGCCCAACAUGACCAACGUUCCGCCGCCAAAGGCCGCGCCUGGCCACGCCGCCAACGACCCGUUCGCGACACUGUCGUAA